UCUGAACCGUCCAUCGGAAUACUGGCAAGGUGAUAACCACACUGUUUGAUGCGAUAUUUAUAGCCUUUCAAAGUGGAGAGAUCUGACGCACAGCAAGACACAAUGCAGGAAUCUGAGCCCAGCGUGUGUCAGCUGCAGCCCAACAUCAUCUCAGUGCGCCUCUUCAAAAGAAAGAUCGGUGGGCUGGGCUUUCUGGUCAAACAACGUGUGUGCAAGCCGCCCGUCAUUGUCUCUGACCUCAUCCGGGGCGGGGCAGCGGAGGAAUGUGGGCUGGUCCAAGUCGGCGACAUCGUCCUGGCCGUGAACAACAAGCCUUUGGUGGACCUGAGCUACGAAUGUGCACUCGAGACCCUGAAGAACGUGUCGCCUGAGAGCCAUGCCGUCCUCAUCCUCCGCGGACCCGAGGGCUUCACCACUUACCUGGAGACCACGCUGAGCAGUGACGGGAAACCCAAAACAGUUCGCAUCACCAGGCCUGUUAACCCCGCUCAGAGCAGGCCGUGCGAUCGAUGUUCGCCUCUCAGCCCCAACAUGACCAAAGAGCUCCGGGUCAUAGAGAACCUGUCCUCUUCCUCUGCUCCCAGGAAAGAACCACGGGAGAGCAAACCCCUAAUUCCCCUGCUCACCCAGGACUCUCUGCUCAGAGAAGGAGGCCAUUCAGCCCUCCUCCUUAACGGGGUGGAGGAGAACAACGACCUGCUUAAGGAGAUAGAGCCAGUGCUGAAGCUCAUCAAGAACAGCAAAAAAGAGAUAAAUGGAGAAGGUCAGAGAGUCAUAGAGAGGAAGGAUGUUGAAGUGCAGGUGGAGAGAGACCUUGGUGCGGGAAAUGGACAGAACGCCCAGCUGGCGUCGGAUAACGACAGAGUGUUUGAUGACCUCUGGAGAAAGGACAAUAUGCCUACAGUGCUUAACAACCCUUACUCAGAGAGUGACAAGCCGCCGUCCCAUGGGAGAGUUUCCCCCACUAAGACUGUGCAGAAUGGAAGUCCCACCAAAUGUCCCAGAUUCAUGAAAGUGAAGAACUGGGAAACUGGAGCUUUAUACAAUGAUACUCUACAUCUCAGCUCCAGCAAGGUGCCGAUCUGCACUGAGAGUGUUUGUAUAGGCUCUGUUAUGGUGCCAAACCAGCACAGUCACAAACCAGAUGAAGUCCGAAGAAAAGAGGAACUGCUACCGCUUGCAACAGAUUUUAUCGACCAGUACUACACAUCAAUCAAAAGAUGCGGCUCAAAGGCCCAUGUUGACCGGCUAGAAGAGGUUAAAAAAGAAAUAGAAACUUCUGGAACAUAUCAACUGAAGGACACAGAGCUGAUUUACGGGGCCAAACAUGCAUGGAGAAAUGCAGCUCGCUGUGUUGGACGGAUUCAGUGGUCCAAACUACAGGUGUUCGAUGCUCGAGACUGCACAACCGCUCAUGGAAUGUUUAAUUACAUCUGUAACCACAUCAAAUAUGCCACCAACAAAGGAAACCUCAGAUCGGCUAUUACCAUCUUCCCCCAGAGGACAGACGGGAAGCAUGACUUCCGGGUGUGGAACAGCCAGUUGAUCCGGUACGCAGGCUACAAGCAGCCUGAUGGAUCAAUUCUCGGAGAUCCGGCUUCGGUGGAGCUUACAGAGAUCUGUAUACAGCAAGGAUGGAAAGCUCCAAAAAGCCGUUUUGACGUUUUGCCCCUUCUUCUCCAAGCCAAUGGGAACGAUCCAGAGCUUUUUGAGAUUCCUGAUGAUCUUGUACUCGAGGUUCCCAUUAUACAUCCAAAGUUCGAAUGGUUUAAGGAGCUGAAUCUAAAGUGGUACGGCCUUCCUGCCGUGUCUAACAUGCUGUUAGAGAUCGGGGGACUGGAGUUCACCGCCUGCCCCUUUAGCGGCUGGUACAUGGGGACCGAGAUCGGUGUCAGAGACUUCUGCGAUAGCUCUCGAUACAACAUACUUGAGGAAGUAGCUACAAUGAUGGGGCUGGACACGAGGAAGACUUCAUCCCUGUGGAAGGACCAGGCACUGGUGGAGAUCAACAUCGCAGUCCUGUAUAGUUUCCAGAUGUCAAAGGUUACCAUAGUAGACCAUCAUUCAGCCACCGAGUCCUUCAUGAAGCACAUGGAGAAUGAGUACAGAGUGAGGGGAGGCUGCCCGGGUGACUGGGUUUGGAUAGUGCCACCCAUGUCAAGCAGCAUUACACCUGUUUUCCAUCAGGAAAUGCUCAACUAUCGCCUCACACCUUCUUUUGAGUACCAGCCUGACCCAUGGAACACUCACGUGUGGAAAGGAGUGAAUGGGACGCCCACAAAGAAAAGAACGAUUGGAUUCAAGAAACUUGCCAAGGCUGUGAAAUUCUCCGCCAAACUCAUGGGACAGGCCAUGGCCAAGAGGGUCAAAGCCACCAUCUUGUUCGCCACAGAAACUGGGAAAUCGCAAGACUAUGCAAAAACUCUCUGUGAGAUUUUCAAGCAUGCAUUUGAUGCCAAGGUGAUGUCCAUGGACGAAUAUGACACAGUCGACUUGGAACACGAGACCCUUGUAAUAGUGGUGACAAGUACGUUCGGCAAUGGGGACCCUCCUGAAAAUGGAGAGAAAUUUGGUGCGGCACUGAUGGAGAUGAGACAUCCCACCACCAGCGUAGAGGACAGAAAGACGUACAAGGUGCGUUUUAACAGCGUCUCGUCAUAUUCUGAUACCCGCAAAUCCUCCAGUGACGAACCUGAAUCCAAAGCCAACUUUGAGAGCACUGGACCACUUGCUAAUGUGAGAUUCUCUGUGUUUGGCCUUGGCUCUCGGGCAUACCCACACUUCUGUGCGUUUGCCCACGCAGUGGACACGCUGUUCGAAGAGCUCGGUGGGGAGCGAAUCCUGCGCAUGGGAGAGGGAGAUGAACUCUGCGGCCAAGAGGAAUCCUUCAGAACAUGGGCCAAGAAGGUCUUCAAGGAAUUCUCUGUGUUUGGCCUUGGCUCUCGGGCAUACCCACACUUCUGUGCGUUUGCCCACGCAGUGGACACGCUGUUCGAAGAGCUCGGUGGGGAGCGAAUCCUGCGCAUGGGAGAGGGAGAUGAACUCUGCGGCCAAGAGGAAUCCUUCAGAACAUGGGCCAAGAAGGUCUUCAAGCAAAAAUACCCAAGCCGAUCGACUAUAUUUGUGCGUCUUGAUGCCAACAACCACGAGAGCCUGAAAUACUUGCCUGGUGACCAUUUAGGCGUUUUCCCUGGCAACAACGAAGUUCUAGUUACGACUCUUAUCGAGAAACUGGAGGAUGCACCACCUAUCAACCAAAUUGUGAAAGUGGAGUUCUUGGAAGAACGAAACACAGCGUUGGGUGUGAUUAGUAACUGGACGGACGAGAGUCGUAUUCCGCCCUGUACCAUCUAUCAGGCUUUCAAAUACUUCCUGGACAUAACCACCCCUCCAAGUCCCCUGCUACUGCAACAAUUUGCUCCUCUAGCGACUAAUGAGAAACAGAGAAAGAGACUAGAGGUACUCAGCAAGGGUUUGCAGGAAUAUGAGGAGUGGAAGUGGUACAAUAAUCCCACCAUAGUGGAGGUGUUGGAGGAGUUCCCAUCCCUCCAGAUCCCGUCCACCCUUCUCUUGACCCAGCUACCCCUCCUACAGGCACGAUACUACUCCAUCAGCUCCUCUCCAGACCUCCAUCCAGGAGAGAUACACCUCACUGUGGCAGUGGUGUCCUAUCGGCCCAGAGAUGGAGAAGGUCCCAUACACCAUGGAGUGUGUUCCUUCUGGCUCAAUAGCUUGGAAGAAGGCGAUACGGUGCCAUGCUUUGUCAGAGGGGCUCCAAUGUUCCGUAUGCCAAAAGACAGCCAGGUUCCAUGUAUUCUGAUUGGUCCAGGCACUGGAAUUGCUCCAUUCAGAAGCUUCUGGCAACAGAGACUGUAUGAUAUUGAAAACAAGGGAAUCAAGGCAUGCCCCAUGAUCUUGGUUUUCGGUUGUCGGCAGUCACAGAUUGACCACAUUUACAAGGAAGAGACCAUCCAGGCCAAGAACAAGGAAGUGUUUAAAGAGCUUUACACUGCAUACUCCAGAGAACCUGGGAAACCAAAGAAAUACGUCCAGGAUGUGCUUCGCGAGCAGCUGUCUGAAACAGUGUACAAGUAUCUGAGAGAAGAAGGAGGACAUAUCUACGUCUGUGGAGACGUCACCAUGGCUGGAGAUGUACUGAAAACAGUCCAGCAGAUCUUUAAACUGCAUGGAAACAUGUCUCUGGAAGAUGCUGGCUUCUAUAUCAGCAAACUAAGGGAUGAGCAUCGAUACCAUGAGGACAUUUUCGGUGUGACCCUGCGCACUUACGAGGUCACCAACCGUCUAAGGUCGGAGUCUAUUGCAUUCAUCGAAGAGAGCAAGAAAGACACGGAUGAGGUGUUUUGCUCAUAGUCGCCUUUUCCGACCAUUUCGCUGGUUUUUGUUCACACUCUAAUCAGCCAACCAGAAGCAUGAUGGGACACCAACCAUGAUUCACGAAAACUGUGCCAAGUUUGUUUGUUUAAAAUGUUCUUCUUUUCUUUUUUUUUUAAAUGGAAUAUUUCAUUUUCUUUGCUAGGUCUUGUUUGAUGUGCAUCUCUAUGAUCAAAAUCUGCAUUAAUACAAGUACCUUUCACUUGAAUUUCUGAAUGCACUUUUUUUUAUGCG